GAUGGACGCUAUUUUUGUUGUGUGAAAUAAUUGUCAACUUGUAAAUCAUAAACACAUUGAGAAAUUAAAUGUAAAGAUUAGUAUUAUCGGUAAAGAACUUACGAUAGUGAGAGUAAUUUUGUGUUAAUAAAUAGCAAUGACAGGACGAGGCAAGAAGGCAGCGGCGGCGCCGCGAAAAAAAGCGAAUGGGUACAAAAUGCCUGCUCCCAUACGUAAUGGAGAAGUUAUUAACGAUAUUAUGAUGAAGAAGAAGUGGCGGAUAGGCCCUUCAAUAGGCGUCGGUGGCUUCGGCGAAAUAUAUUCCGCGUGUGAUCACGAGAGUUCGCCUAAACAAGGAAGCGGAUAUCCUUUUGUUAUCAAAAUUGAACCACAUGAAAAUGGACCUCUCUUUGUUGAAAAACACUUCUACAUCAGAAAUGCUAACAAGGAUGACAUUGCAAAAUAUAUAAAGGAGAAGAAGCUUUCAAGUCUGGGCAUGCCCACAUACUUUGGUAAUGGUUCACAUGAGUACAAUGGUGAGAAAUAUCGGUACCUGGUGCUGGAAAGGUACGGUAAAGACUUGUGGAGUUUAUUCAAGGAUUGCGGACGGAUAUUCCCAACAACUACUGUCUUUCAACUUGGACUGCAGAUGAUCGACGUCCUUGAAUACAUCCAUAGCCGUGGUUACGUGCAUGCUGAUAUCAAAGGCGCCAACAUUCUGCUUGGACUGAAGAAAGGCACAGAGAAUCAAGCAUACUUGGUCGACUUCGGUCUAGCGACGCGCGUCACGGACAAGGAGUUCAAGCCAGAUCCAAAAUGUGCACAUAACGGAACUAUUGAGUAUACCAGUCGAGAUGCCCAUCUUGGAGUGGCGACGAUGCGCGGCGACCUCGAGAUCCUCGGCUAUAACAUGUUGCAGUGGCUGGUGGGAGAACUGCCCUGGGAGAAAAACCUGAAACAACCCAAGGCCGUCCAGGACAUGAAGGAAGCCUUCAUGAAGAAUGUACGAAGCAACAUUACUAAGCAGUACAGUCACGUUCCCGAUGCACUGAUAAAAUUCUUUGAGUACAUAAACUCAAUGAAGCCAAAAGACGUACCUGAUUACACAAAAUGCCGAACACUGUUCGAGAACUACCUCAAAACUGAGGGAAAGACUCGCAAUAGCAAACUGGAAUUCAAAGCAGGCAAGAAGGGCAAAGUUAAAGCCAGUGCUGAUACCAAAGUUACAGAAGAUACUCAAGACAGUACAGUACACUCAAAGAAAAUGGCUCAGAAUGGUGUACCAAAAGCAAGAAGAGGCAGAAAACCAGUACUAAAAGAUCAGCCUAUAGAUAGUGACAACUGCGAAAAUGAAACUCCGGAGAACAGCAUACAAGAAACAAAAGGAAAUAAAAGAAAAUCCUCAGAACCAUCACUUGUAAUCAAAAUUAAAAAGACAAAAUUAACACCAAAAGCAACACCACCAGUGAAAAAAAAAUAUGCUAAUACUGCUACGCAGACGUCGUUAGAGAAGAUUAGAAGGAGUCCAAGAAAGGUGUCCUUUGACAGCCCUAUUUGCGAGAUUAUCGGUGAGAAAAAACCUCCUAAAAGAACUAAGGACACAAGUCAGGAAUCCGUGAAUUCGAGUGGAGACAUAUUCGAAGAUUCGUUCGUCAUUGAAGAGAAGAAAGUGAAACCGAAAAGGAAGUUAUUAGCCGCCGAAGAAGUAACAGUGAAACGAGUGGUAAAAAAGAAACUGACCACCAAGCCCAAGACGAAGUCUUGGAAAGAUCUACCAACUGUUGUAAAUGGUCGGUCACCACCAAAAACUGUGUAGGCAAAACACCUAUCGUCACGCUGCCGCGGAACUGCGGCAACACGAUGCGUCCUGUGGAAAAUUAAAUAGUAGUGAAUAAUAUUUUGCCGCCUUGAGUGCGUUGAGGUCUUUCCUAGUGCAGGUGCAGUCAGAUUUGACUGAUAACCCUGAACCGCCACUUGUACCCGCGUACAUCAACCUGAGUGCGAACGGGCUACAGCAAUCCUUGCAGUCCUCGUAUUAAUUGCUUCACACGGAUGAUGAAUCUUGUGACGAGAUAUUUUUCGUAUAAAGCUCGGUGGCUUUAUUUCGCGGCGUCGUGUGGGAUCCGUCAACUACAUUUCAUAUUGUUCAAUACAAUCUUAAGAUCUGGACGUCACGCCUGUUCCACCACGGAAACGCUUCCAUCUC